AUGGCGAAGCCCUCGGGCGACGCCCCCGACCUCCCGAAGUGGUCGUCCAUCACCCCCGAGCACGUGAAGCCCGCGAUCAUGGCCGCGGUGGACAAGGUCAACGCGGAGAUCGACGCGAUCGAGACCGCGUUCACCGAGUCCACCCCGUCGUCCUGGUCCGAUCUCAUGGAUCCGCUCGAGCGACUGUCCGAGGAGCUCAGCAGGCCGUGGGGGGUCGUCUCCCACCUGAAGGGCGUCCGAGACAGCGAAGCCCUGCGCGCGGCGUACGACGAGUGCCAACCCGCCGUCGUCACCGCGUCCCUUCGAGUCGGUCAAUCGCGUCCCGUGUACGACGCCCUCGUGGCUCUCACGAAAAACGAAGCCGCGUGGGCGUCGCUCACGGAUGCGCAGAAGAGGGCGGUGGAGUGCGAGGUUCGCGACGCCCAACUCAGCGGCGUCGCCCUCGACGGCGCCCAGAAGGACCGGUACAACGAGAUCGCCAAGGAGCUCAGCGAACUGAGCACCAAGUUCUCCAACAACGUCCUGGACGCGACCAAGGCGUUUGCGCACACGUGCGUUGAUAAAUCCGAGGUUGACGGCUUGCCGGACUCCGCCCUCGAGCAGGCUGCGCAGACGGCCAAGACGAAGGGCGGGCACGAGAACGCCACCGCCGCGGACGGCCCGUGGAUGUUCACCCUCGAUGCCCCGUCCUACAUGGCGGUCAGGUCGCACGCCAAGAACAGGGCGCUUCGCGAGAAGGUGUACAGGGCAUACCUGGCGAGAGCCUCGGAGCACUUCGCGCCCUUCGUCGACGACGCCGACGCCAAGGCCAAGUUCUCGAAGAACGGUUCAGGCGAUAACGCGCCCCUCAUCGAGCGCAUUCUCGCCCUCCGCGAGGAGAAGGCGUCGCUCCUCGGUUACGACACCUUCGCGGAGGUGUCCAUGGCCAAGAAGAUGGCCACCCUGGACCGGGCCGAAUCCCUCCUCGAGGACAUCCGCGCCAAGGCGAGACCCGCGGCGGAGCGCGAGCUCGAGGAGAUCCGCGCGUUCGCCGCGGACGCGGGCGCCGCGGAGGCGACGAGUGGCUUGAUGCAAUGGGACGUCGGCUUUUGGUCCGAGAGGCUUCGCGAGGCUAAAUACGAGCUCAAGGAGGAGGACCUUCGCCCCUACUUUCAGCUGCCGGCGGUCAUCGACGGCAUGUUCGAGCUCGCGGGGGAACUCUUCGGGAUCAAGGUGGAGGCUGCCGACGGCGACGUGGAGGUGUGGCACCCGGACGUUCGCUUCUUCAGGGUGAUCGACGUCGCCACGAACCAACCCAGGGCGUACUUUUACCUCGACCCCUACACGCGACCGAGCGAGAAGCGAGGCGGCGCCUGGAUGGACGACGUGGUGGGGAGGUCAUCCGCGAUGGCCCCCACGACGGGUGCCGUUCGGCUGCCCUGCGCGCACAUGGUGUGCAACGGCACCCCACCCGUCGGGGACAAGCCGAGUUUAAUGACGCACAACGAGGUGACGACGCUGUUCCACGAGUUUGGUCACGCGCUGCAGCACAUGCUCACCACGGAGUCGUGCGGGCCCGUCGCGGGGAUCAACCAGGUGGACUGGGACGCCGUGGAGCUCCCCUCGCAGUUCAUGGAGAACUGGUGCUACGACAAGAAGGUGCUCCGCAAGAUUGGCAAGCACUUCGAGACGAACGAGCCGCUCCCCGACGAUCUCUACGAGAAGUUGGUCGCGUCUAAAAAUUUCGGCAGCGGAACUCGGUACCUCCGCCAGUGCCACUUCGCCAUGACCGACCUCGAACUCCACGCCAGGUACAAGCCGGGCGCCGGCGCCGAUGCCGUCUUCGCGACGGAGCGCAAGAUCGCGGAGAAGACCAUGAUCAUGCCCUCCAUCGACGAGGACAGGUUCCUGUGCGGCUUUGGGCACAUCUUCGCCGGCGGGUACAGCGCCGGGUAUUACUCCUACCUCUGGGCGGAGGUUCUCUCCGCGGACGCGUUCGGCGCGUUCGAGGAGGCCGGCCUGGACGAUGAGGCGAAGGUGGCGGAGACGGGGAAGCGGUUCGCGGACACCGUGCUGGCGCUCGGCGGCGGCGCGGCGCCGCUCGACGUGUUCACCAGGUUUCGGGGCCGCGAGCCAGCGGUUGACGCGCUGCUGCGGCACAACGGGCUGGUGCCCGUCGCGGCGGCGUGA